UUUCUCCCCCUCCGAGAAAUAACCAUCAACUCACGGCCACUGAUCAGGCGGGCCAUCCAAUUCUCAUGCGAUGGAGAGAUUGCUGUCGCUGCUGACGACUCGGUCCAUGUCUUCGUUCCCGAGUUUCCCGACCUGUCCAAGCGCAGAGAAAGGAUUAAGGCUCGCAUGAGCGGUCUGCAAUAUGGUAUCCCUGCAAAUGGGAGCUCCGCAGCUGACGAUGGAUCCUCGGACGAGGAUCAUGACGAGGAAGGUGGCUCAAAGAAAUACACCCACCAGGCCAUCCGCGCACAAUAUUCCGAGGGCAGCAAGCACAUGCCCGUGUCUUUCCCACCCCUGGACCCGCGCGUCAAUCGGGAACUCUUCACGGCUCAGAACAUCCCCUUCCCAUACGAAGGCGCCGCCGGCGCAGAGGGUCAAGAUGCCGACAGCAACGACGAGUCGGCCGGGUCCGACGAUGCCUACGAGUCCGAAGAUGAGGAGGGUGAGAGCACCGGCCUGGGAGCUCACAGGCCGUUCGGAGCCGGCUACGGUCCCAUCACCGGUGUCGGCAGCAGUAUGAAUCACGUCGUGUGCGUCGGCUGGUCACCGUCCGGGUUGGGUGUCAACCGCCGGCCCAUCUUGGGGGUCUUGACCGGAUCCGGGACGCUCGCUAUGUUUGGCGACGGCAGCGAGGUUGGGAAUAUCCUGCCGCGCGCCAACGAGGGCAUGCUUCAGCGUCGCGAGCUUACCUCCUGGAUCGUGCUGUGGGGGUUGGGCGAGCGGCUGGUCGUGCCGGGGCAGCAGACCGACGUCAGCGAGUAUCUCCGUGGCUUUGCAUGGGCCCGCGAGAUCGCCCCCGGACAGGCACUGCUGGCAACAGUCAACGAUGUCGACGAGGUCGCCGUCGUUAGCGUGCAGUGCGUCUAUACGGCGGACGACACCAAGGCAAAGGGGAAUCGAUCGUUCGGGAGUGAGCCGCGGGAGGAUGUGGUUUGGCUGGUGCGAGAAGUGGCACGCUUCAAAGCCGAAGGACCUCACGAACCAUCCAACCCCCUGGACCCGGACUACGUCCCAUGUGGCACCUCGUUUGGACUCAAAUGGGGUCCUUGGCUGCAGACUGGCGACACCCGAACUUGCGUCCUCUCCUUUAUCGACCGCAGCUAUGUCGGAUUCCGGAAAGUUACGAUCAGAGAACCCUGGAUUAGGGGGAAGCUUCCAAAAAUCGAGAUUGGGCGCAAAGACGCCUACGGAAUGUGCGUGCAUCUUUCGACAGACUCGUUUGUAGAGUUUGAAGACGCGAUCUGGACCCAUGACAGUGUUAGAUCUUGUCGGGGACUGAUUGCCGCUGGCGGCUCCGAGGGUUCUGUGUCGCAAUCGGAUGAUGAUGAGGAUGAUAUGGACCUGGACGGCGAUCUGGACUCACUGGCAGACGAAGAAAACGUGACCGGCGCUGGUCAGGCGACGGUGCUCGAGAUUCCUGAGGUCCACCCGCACCGAUUCCGUCUCCACGGCAUAACCCUCUCCCCCGGCGGCGGCGUAUCCGCAGUCCUCGUCAGCAACCAUAACACGCAGCACCCAGAGCGCGGCGGCUGGCACACGGUGCGGUCGAGCGUACUGUUCGGGCACAAGCCACGACGCCCGCGGCAGGCGCAGCAGCAGGACGAUCAGGCGGCGGCAUCCGACUAUGGCCUCCCGAUCGAUCCGCAAGUUAUGAUUAUGGACAACCACACACCGACCAGCGAACAGACUCACCUGACAACCGAAGCAAAGCUCUUCGAAAACCUCUACGGCGGUGGGCCUGAAGUCCGCGGGGUGCACUACCCGGCCUCAAGCCCGGACGCCAACACCGACGACGUCGACUCCAAUUCUGGGGAUGCCCACACCCUACGCCACCUCUUUGCCCCUGCCCUGGCGACCCAGACGUGCGACUUGUGCGGCCUGGCCAUGGACUUGCGCAGGGGAUCCCUGAGCGGGUGCCGCAACGGCCACUUCUUCGGCACUUGCGCCACGUCCGGGCUGGCGGUGCAGACGCCGGGGGCGACGCGCAGCUGCGGGGCGUGCGGGCUCCGAACGAUGAGAGCCGAAGUGCUUGUGGCCAAGAUGCCGAAAGAGCGCAGGGAGGAGGUGCGGCGGCUCGUAGGAGAGGGGCUGUGUGGUGCGUGUGGUGGGAAGUUUUUGAGUUGA